AUGUGGCGGUUGCUGUACAGCUGCGCAAGACACCAGGUUGUCGAAACUGUGCGGCCCAGAACAGCGAUCCGGCUGGUCUCGUCAAUUCCUCUCAAAGCAAAAUGCUCCUCCUGUGGCUAUAAACUCCAGAACUCCGACCCAGGCAAGCCAGGUUACACCAAAUACUCGUUUGAGAACAAUGAGAAAGAGAAACCUCGGGUCCGAAACCACAGCAUUUCACAGGAGAGAGAACAGGCGAUUGUUGAGGAGUUCCGCUCAAUGAUGGGGAACUUGCCGGUCAAAUCGUCCGAACUGCGUGCUAAAAAAGCAGGUCAAAACGCCAUGUGUCUGCGGUGCUACGACGCCUUUCACCACAACGCGUACAACCCUGAUGAGCACGUGACGGUCUCUGUCGAGGAAUCAAUGAGCGAGAUCCCCUCAAACGCCAAAAUAGUACAUGUCAUUUCCGCACUUGACUUUCCUCUGGGUGCAAGCGCAAAAGUCCUGCAAAACAGAGAUCCGAGCAAGAUCCACUACGUCAUCAGCAAGAUGGACCUGUUCUUUAGUAGGGACCAGUACAUCAACGCCGAAGGAACCCGAUACUUUGCCCAAGUGCUGCAACGUCUGAUAGGAGCAGACCCAACCAAGGUCCGCUGUGUGACGGCGAGAAACAGAUGGGGAGUGCGCGAUCUCUACUCCUGGCUACCGCAGGGCAAUUUGUAUUUCAUUGGAGAAACAAACUCGGGCAAAAGUCUGCUGAUUGAAAGUCUGUGCAGAUACCACGAGUACGUGAAGAGAGAAGAAAUCAUGUCAACUCCUGGAGUCAGCAACUGGCCCGGAUUCACCAGAGACUUCAUGAAGUACACUCUGCAGAAGAGAGAUACAACCCUAAUAGACACCGCUGGAUUCGCUCCUCCCCAAGAAGGAAUCUUCAAAUACAUGCUUUCUGAACACAUUCCUGCGCUGCCUACCAUAAAAAACCCGCCUACCCAAGAGCCAAAAGACCAUCGGUUGCAAUCACUGAGCGUGAAGACCUCAAAGUACUUUUCAGGAGACAAGGUGUUCAGCAUCGGAGGCUACUUCUAUCUGCGGCCGCCUAGCGACUGUGCUUUGAGGGUUUUCCCCGGCAUGUCAGGCAAGCAAUUCAAUCAACAUUCCAUCGAAAAAGCCAUUCGCACCAGUCUGAACCGAGAAAAUGCCGUCGCGUCCAAUUUUGCAGUUAACAAGCUGGCAGUUCAGCAUCUCGUGCGCCACGUGAUCCCCAUAUUUUAUGGCACUAUCGAUCUGGUUUUCCGUGAUAUUGGCUUUUUGACCAUUGCUCCAACAGGAAAUCCAGAUUUCCAGGAGCUUUUUGAGAUCUGGGUUCCAGAGGGAGUUGAAGUGGUUGUCAGGGAGCCGAUCUUCAAAUACAUAUAUCCACGAUUGAUGCCUAAGGACCCCGAUGCUCCUAGAUUGUCCAAGUACAGGAAAGUCCCGGAGGACAAGCUAAUCUACACCAAGAUUUUCCCUGUGGACGAGCGCAAAACAAAGGCUGAACUUUUGGAGGAGUUUGAUCCAGACGGGUCCAUCAGAGAGCAUUUCAAGUCUGCCAAGUCGCAAGACCAAUACAGAAACCCCGGCUGGGUGCAGCCGGAGCUGUAA